GAGGGUUCCUGUGCAGGAUGAAGACGACCGAGAGCGAGGUCCCUGAUGUACACUUCACUGUGGAUAAACAGAACAUCUCCCUCUGGCCUGGAGAGCCUCCUCCCAAGACGCGUCCGUCUCUGGUCCUGGGGAGACUUCUCACAGUCCGCGCUACAGUCAUCUUCCUCACGCUGGUCAUGGUUGCCUCUGUCCUGCUGCAGGCCAUUCUCUAUGCCUGGCUUAUGGGCACAGUAUCGGAUGUCAAGACCAAUGCCCAGUUCCUGAAAGAUCAUGUGGACAACAUCAGCACCCUGAGUUCUGGAAUCAAGAGGAAUAGAGGCGGCGUGGUGGCAGUUGGCAUUCAGGUCCAGUGGCUGAAUGCCAGCCUGGAUCGUGUGCGUUCUCAGAUCCAGAGGUUGGAAACUGGCGUAAAGGAAGCCAAUGCACGGCUGCAGACACUAACAAGUAGCUGGGAACAAGUCGAUAGGUUAAAUGCCCAAAUCCCAGAGCUAAAAAGAGAUUUGGAUAAAGCCAGUGCUUUAAAUGCAAUGGUCCGGGGACUCCAGAGCAAUUUGGAGAAUGUCAGCAAGUUGCUCCAACAGCAAAAUGACAUCCUACAGAUGGUUUCUCAAGGCUGGAAGUACUUCAGGGGGAACUUCUAUUACUUUUCUCAAAUCGCAAAGACCUGGUACAGUGCCCAGCAGCUCUGUAAGUCCAGGGAUUCACACCUGACCUCAGUGACCUCAGAGAGUGAACAGGAGUUUCUCUACAAGACGGCAGGUGGACUUCUUUACUGGAUCGGCCUGACCAAAGCAGGGAGUGAGGGAGACUGGUACUGGGUGGACAACACUCCCUUCAACAAGGUCCAGAGUGCAAAGUUCUGGAUUCCAGGUGAGCCCAACAACCUUGGGAACAAUGAACACUGUGCCAAUAUAAGGAUAUCCUCACUGCAGUCAUGGAAUGAUGUCUCCUGUGACAAUGAAUUACUUUUUGUCUGUAAACGACCCUACAUCCCAUCAGAACCAUGACAGGACUGGCCCCCACGCUCAAACUUUAAGCUCCAAUUCAAGCUUGUAGAAUUCAAGGAAAUGCUGCUCUCUCCUUCAUACUCCAGGGUGACUUUGACUCUUAAUUUUUCUUGCUUCGAAAUUGUCCUGAAGGCAUCCGGGAGCCCAUCUGCCUUGGCUGGGAAGUCUCUGACCCCACAGAGGCAGCUGAAAUGGAAAGGAUAUCUUGGGUUGAAAUGGAAAGUGAGGGUGGAGAGGAUUAGAAGUUCAGACUGCCCCAGUGAAGUGAUCAGGACCCAGGAUCUGGGACAGCACCCUGGGGCGUCCCAUCUUUUUAGAGAAGCCUCAGCUUCACUGCGUAAAAGUUACUUCCAACCACCCAGGCAAUUCUGCAGAGACUGAGACUCAGGGCUUUUCUGGCUGAUUCCCCAGAAUUCCCAGUUGCCUGCCUGUUGCUGUGUUCUCAGUGGGAAUAGCUCUGCUCUUGGUGACCCUCUUCAUGCCACGUACCCAUUGCCCCCUUCAUCCACAUCUUCUGAGAUCUGAGCCCCUUCCUCCCUGGGACAGACUUGACUGAUUCAGAUCAAGGGCUGACGUGGGAACGUGUCUCCUUAGAGCUGGGCGAUCGUCCACCUGCUUCUCCCUCCCCUUCACUCGCUAAACUCUGGGUCCCAGUUUGUCUGCCCAGCCCCUCUGCCUCCCUUCCCUACGCCUCCUCUUUCUUCUGCAUCUCCUCUCACCCAGGUGCAGGGGAAGCGGCUUUCAGUGAAGAGGGCACUUCCAAGCGUCAUUAGAAUAAAAUGCUGCCUGGGAAAAGGCCA